AUUAAUAAAUAAUAAGUAUUUGUUUAAAUUUGUAACAAUGAGUAAAAAACGUCAACGGAAAACUCAGUACAACGAAAAUGAAUAUGAUGUUAUUCCAAAAUCUCUGAAAGUGAUGCGAAACUCCAGUCAGAAAAAACGUUUAAUAGUUAUUUUAGAAAAUGCUCAACUAGAAACUGUCAAGGUAUAUGUACAUACUAAAAACAAUGUGCUUUUUGAAGUAGACAGGUUUAUUGAAGUCCCAACUUAUUUCGACGAGUUUGCUGAAUUGAUGGUUUGCCUUUUACAUAAACAUAAAAUACGAGCUGUGAUUAACGAAUCGAUUCUUUUAAAAGUUAUUAAAAAUCCAAUUACUGAUUGGUUACCAGCUGGUUGUAAAAAAAUUUUAAUGUCCUUCAGCGCUGAUAAAAUAAAAGAUCCUAAAGAACUUGUUCCUGAUGAUGAACCAAUUUCACAUCUGAAUCUGACGUUAGUUCACGGAUUGGAAAUUCCAGAACAUCAGUCAGUUUCUAAUUCUUGGGUUUCAAGAUUUGAACAAUCCAUAGCAACUGAUUCAAGCGUUGAUUUCCGUUGUAGUAUUUCAGAUUUUAAAUUAUUACCUUCUGCUGAUUUAAAGAACUCAGGUCGAUGGACUAUACAUAUAGUCUUCCUACGAUACAUAGACUUCCUGCCAGUAGAGGCGUGA